UUCGAGUUUCUCCGCCGCCUUCACCUCCGACUCCGACCUCGACCUCGACCUCGCCGGCGUUGUUCUAGAGUAACCAAUAUCCGAUACUAGAAAUUUUGAGUUGAGGAAAUGGAGGAGCAGAAGAUGAGGAAGAAGAAGAAGAAGGCGGGCGAUGAGAUAGUAAGAAGAAUGGAUUCUGCUCAUGGUGAUAUGGUAUACUCCUCGGAGAAAGUUGUAGAAGAAGAUUCUGGGAAGAGUGAGAAGAAAAAGAAGUCAAAAAAGAAAAAUCAGAAGGAGAGUGGUGGUUUGGAAGACAAUGGUGUCACUAACAAGGAGACUGUUGAUAUGCGUGAGAGUGAGAAUGGGUUGGAUUUAGAUGGAAGUGAGGUGAAAUCAGGAGAAAAUAGAAAAGAGAAGAAGAGUAAGAAAUUGGUUCCUAUAACAAAUAAUGAUUUUGGGGAGAAGUUGGAUUAUGAAGGGAGAAUUAAUGAGAAUGAAAAGGAGUUGGAUUCAGAAAAACUUUCUACUUCUAGUUCUAGUAAAGAGACAAUGAAGGAGGUGAAGGAGAAAAAGAAACGAAAGAACAAAAGUAGUAAGCUUGUUUCAUCAGCAUUGUUAGAUACGGCUGCAAAGGCCACUGACAGUCUUGGCAGUGAAGAGUGUGAGGACUUGAGUGGGAAUAAAUCUGAGAGGAAGAGAAGAAGGGAUGCUGAUACUGUUGAGGCUGAGAAGCAUGGGAACAGCAAAAGGAAGAAAGUCAAGCAAGCAUCUAGAAUUGUAGCUCCGAGUGUGACUGAAGAGGAUGUUGGUGGGACACCAUCAAUGGCCAAUGAGAAUGGUGAGAGAAGCAAUGACAUGAAGGUGAAAAAUAGUGGUACAGAACAUUUUGAUAAAUCAAAGUCAAAGAAAGGUGCCAAAAAUAAGGCAGCGAGGAAGGAUUCUAAGUCAAAGAAGCGAGGCACAGAUGAUCUCAAGACUUCAGCUUCAAAGCAAAAGAAGAAGGUAUCUUUCUCAGGUGAUGUUGAGGUCUUCCCUGUUAACAAUGCCACAAACUGCGAAGAAGAAGAUGAAGAAAAUCUGAUCCGAGGCCAGCGUUACACGCGAGAAGAAGAUGAAUUGCUGAAGAAAGCUGUCCUGGAUUAUGUAGAAGAGAAUGGACUGGGUGAGGAUGGCGUGAAGAAGGUUAUGAACUGUAGGAACUAUCCAGAAGUUAAAAAUUGCUGGAAGAUUAUUACGACUGCUCUGCCCAGGAGACCUUAUUUUUCAGUAUAUACGCGAGCUCAUGUUAUAUUUGAGAGGAGUGAGAGGCACAAUUGGCUACCUGAAGAAGUAGAAUAUGUCAAGAAAUUUCAUGAGGAACAUGGACCGGAUUGGGCAACCUUGGCGAAAAUUCUUGGGAAGCAUAGGAUUCAUGUGAAAGAUACUUGGAGAAGGGUAAAAACUACCCGCUGCAAAAAAGGCAAAUGGUCUCAGGAUGAGUAUCAGACUUUGUUUGAUUUAGUGAAUAUGGAUUUGCGAAUGAAGGCAUUCACAGAACAGAAGCCAAACCAUAAAAUUUUGAGGGAUAAUAUUUCCUGGGAUCCAAUCAGUGAGAAGCUGAAAACUCGACAUGAUGCACUUUGCUGUAUGAAGUGGUAUAAUCAGUUAGCUUCACCAUUGGUCAGUGAAGGUUUAUGGGUUGAUUCAGAUGACUAUCGGCUGAUCUAUGCGCUUCAAAAUGAUGAUGCCUGUUGCGAGGAGGAUGUUGAGUGGGACAACCUUCUGGAACAUAGGCCUGGUGAUAUUUGCCGGAAACGCUGGAAGCAAAUGAUCCGGCACAUCGGUGGUCACCGGGAGAAAUCUUUCAUUGAGCAAGUAGACGUUCUUUCGCAAAGGUAUUGCCCGGAGAUGCUUGAAUACCGAGAAUGAAUCUAGUCUUCCAUGCAUCAGCCAUGUAUCUUUUUAUCAAACUAGGGCAAACACAAGUCCUCAGUUCCUAUGAAUUAAUGUUCAGAAACUCAGAUUAAGUUAUACAUCAAUGCAACCAGUGACCUCACACUUAAAUUCAGUCACUUUGUUCUAAUA